UCACCAGUAAGCUUGAUUGAAGUGCUCAAAGUGCCAGCGAUUUCGGUCGACGUCUUCAGCAUCACUGUCACGGCUUUCGGCUUGGGAUUCACGCAGGCAACUUUGGAACCUCAUCUGCGCCAGUUUGAUUUGAGUGCGAUUACGCUGGGCGUGUUCUUCGUAAUCAACGGCGCUUUAUACGCGGUCACGUCGCCCUUCUUUGGCUGGCUCUGCGACAAUUACUUUCAACCGAAAAUCAUCACCGUCUAUGGUUGCCUGCUAAACGUCGCCGGGUUCAUGCUUCUCGGACCAGCACCAUUUCUUCCGUUCGAAACGAGGUUGUGGGUCUGCGCGGUGGCACAGGUUCUGCACGGCAUGGGCAUGGCCGCUCAACUGGUCUCCACCUUUUCAGACGCUUUGCAGGAGGCAUUUAAACACGGCUGCCCUGACAGCGAGGAAACUCACGGAAUGAUCUGUGGACUGUGGGCGUCCACCUUCGCGUUCGGCUCCUUCGUCGGGCCCUUGGUCGGUGGCAUUCUGCUCGAUCACGUCGGCUUCCGCAGCGGCUCGGUGGUCGUCAUGUGCCUCAACGUCUUAGUGGUAAUACUAGCAGGCUGAUUUUUAAAUUUUAAU